CUUGCCUCGUACUGUCAUUCCUUCUCGUAGAUCGUCGGUCCCGUCCACCCCACGCCCUUUGUAUUCCCAUGUGAGGGUUGACUUCUGACUCCUACAAUCUGCCCGGCCUUUGGUUCAAGUCGUUGGAGUUUCUUCCGAGGAGGGGUUAUAAAUAGGUAGUCCGGUCACUCCUUCCUCUUCAUCCUCCUCCAAUAUUUUCUCCAAACUCUUCCAACAAACUGAAGAAAUUUAAAGUUGCCUACGUUCCUAACGAAGCAAAGCACCAUGAAGAAGGUAGUGAUUCGGGUGAGCAUGAACGGCUCCAGCUCCGGAUUUCUUUGUUUCAGCCCCCUAACCCCCCGCUGCAAAGCUAUGAGAGUUGCGACGGGCUUUGAAGGAGUUCAAUCCGCGGCGCUGGUGGGAGACGACAAGGACCGGAUCGAGGUGGUAGGAGAAAGGCUCGACGCGGUUAAGCUCACCACUUUGCUCAGGAAGAACGUCGGGCCCGCAGAGAUAGUGACCGUGAGCGAGGCCGACGCGAAAGACAAAAAAGAAAGUGAGAGCAGCAAGGACAAGGCAGUGCAGCCCAUCAUGUGGCCGUACAUCGGCGGCGGAGUCCCGCACCGCGAGAUCACCUACGUCGUGGACCCAUACCAGUACAGCGAGCCCUCGUGCUCGAUCCUGUAGGAUCGGUGAUGAUGGCUUAUAUGAACGUACAUCCUCGAUGUUUUUUUCUUUUUUUGAAAUCCUUCUACGCAAACUGUUUUGAGAAAUGAAUGAGAUCGAUUUGCCCCAUCGAUGUUCCUUCAAAGAAGAACAGCGUUACUGGCCAAUCCAUGAUCGACCUCGGUUUGAAUCAGUCACUGAUUACUUUCUGUGCAAGAAUCUUCUCCUCCUCUGUCUCCCGUAGCGGUUCUUGCCUUUGUCCUCGCACGUUCCUUCCCGUAGGUGGUCGUUUCACCUCACCCUCGUUGCAUUCUCUCCUCACGUUCCAAAGAAAACCAGAGAGACAGGCGAUGGCGGCGACCCCGACGACGAACGACCACAACAACACAGAGCACAGAAGGUUCACUCAUUCACCACAAG